UCUGGCGGUUCAUCAUGAGGAAAAAUUUGCCAGGAAAUUCCUUGUCUACUGUCAAGUAUGGCACUAUUGCUUUGGGAGACUCAUCCUAUCAAAAGUAUAAUGUUGUUGGAAAAAAGAUUUUCAAGAGAUUUGAGCAGUUGGGAGCCACAGCUGUCCUUCCUAUCUGUCUUGGAGAUGACCAGCAUGAGUUGGGGCCUGAUUCGGCCAUUGACCCAUGGCUGACCUCGUUUUGGGACAAGGCUCUAAAAAUGUUUCCUUUACCUCCAGGAAAAUUUGUAAUUAGUGCUGAUGUUCUACCCCCACCAAAGUACAAAGUCCAGUUUUUGAGCGAUAACGAUGACAAGAACAAGAUGACAUGCCCGCCAUCUUUCUCUGGUGGCAGUGACACUAAAGAGGUGCCAUCGCAGAAAUGCCCAUAUCUGUCCAAGAUGUUGUCCAACCAAAGACUGACCGCAGAUGACCACUGGCAGGAUGUCAGGCUGAUAACCUUUGAUCUAAGUGGUUGUAAUAUAAAAUAUUCUCCUGGUGAUGUAUUGAUGGUACAGCCAAGAAACAUGACAGAUGUAGUGGAAGAAUUUAUACAGUAUCUUAAUUUAGACCCAAACAAACAGUUUGUACUGAAAGAGAAUGACCCAGACGUUCCACUGCCAAAUAAUCUACCGCAACCCUGCACAGUACGCCAUCUAGUGGAAAAUUAUUUUGACAUUGCUGGAGUUCCUAGAAGGUAUUUUUUUGAAUUGAUGCACCUCUUAGCAAAGGACAAUCUAGAAAAAGAAAAACUGGGUGAAUUUGCCACUGCAGAGGGACAGCAAGAGCUGUAUUCAUAUUGCAAUCGACCAAGAAGAACCACUCUGGAGGUCUUGCAGGACUUCCCCCACACAGGACCCAUGGUGCCAUUUGAGUAUCUGUUUGAUCUCAUCCCACCUCUGCUACCCAGAGCUUUCUCCAUUGCUUCUUCUCAGUUGGUCAAUCCCAGCCAAGUACAAAUACUAAUGGCAGUUGUAGAAUAUAAAACCAUUAUUAAGAAACCAAGGCGAGGAGUAUGCUCUACAUGGCUAGCCAGUGUUGACCCACAAGAUGAGCCUGAUAUAAGAAUACCCAUAUGGGUGAAGCGUGGGACCAUAGCAUUUCCGCAGAAAGAUGACCCACCGGUGAUUAUGAUAGGGCCAGGAACAGGCGUGGCUCCUUUUAGAAAUUACAUUCAGGACAGAGUUAUGAGAAAUGUAGGAGGCAAUUAUUUGUUCUUUGGCUGUAGGAAUGAGGCCAAGGAUUUCUACUGUGCCAAAGAGUGGCAGGAAUAUGUGAACAGAAGCUUCCUGCAGUUGUUUACGGCUUUCUCCAGGGAUCAGGAAGACAAUGUUUAUGUCCACCACAGAAUGUUGGAGCAGAAGAAGUUGUUGUGGGAACUUAUUGAUAAGAAGGGAGCAUAUGUCUACAUUGCUGGCAAUGCAAAACAGAUGCCGGAUGAUGUUAAAGGAGCUUUAAAGACAGCCAUCAUGGUAGAGGGUGCUAUGUCAGAAGACAAGGCAGAACAGUAUAUAAGACAGAUGGAGAAAACAAGGCAUUAUCAAGUAGAAACAUGGUCUUGAUGAGAGCUGAAGUUCAUUUUAAAUUAAGAAUUAGCUUUUCAUGACAUCAACACCAUGAGAAAUUAUGUAAGUGUUUUUAAUUGUAAUGUACUAUUAGUUGGAGAUGUGCAAAGUUCUUUGGGAGAAUUUCAUUUGAAAAGAAAUACUGUAAUAAGUUGGUAUUAACAAAAAUACAUGCCACAACAUUCCAAAUUGUUUGGUUUAGUAAGUUUGCUAAUGGUUUAUAACAAGAACAAAGAUACACAAUUUAUGAAUCGGAUUUACAGUCACAUACAAUAUUUUAUUAUUUCACCAUGAAAAAGUUGCUCAGUUGGGAAAAGUACUGUGAAAAGAAACCUUAAAAUGAAUGUAUUCAGUUUUCUGUAUUUCAAAGCUGUGAAGAUUGUCACUAGUAACUUCAACACAGCAAAUUCAAAUAAACUUCGCAAUAGACAUUGAACAGAUUUUUUUCAGACUGAAAAAAAAAAACAUUCUGUAAAUUACACUCAACUCGCUGGACAAGAAAAAUAAAACAGGAGUCAAGGUUUUAAAUGUCUAUAAGUACUUGUAACAUUUAUUUCAUUGUUAAACAUGUUUCAC